AUGAGAGGUGUUGACGCCUUCGAGACAUACUACAGCAUUUUGGGGGUGGGAAGGACUGCGACCACCGAAGAAAUCUCCAAGGCAUACCGCAGGGUCUCUCUCUCUGUACACCCCGACAAGGGCGGAGACCCGGCGUCAUUCCGAAGACUCACCAAGGCCCACGACGUGCUACGGGAUCCUGUCUUGCGAGAGCGGUACGACAAGUACGGGGCCGCUCUCGAGCCAUCCCCGGGCGAUCUCAUCGGCUCCGGCACCGUUGGACGACUCGUUCCGCUCUCGCUUUCCGCCACGGGGGGCGCCAUAUCUCAGUUCCUUUUUGUGGUGGGAGCCGUUAAUGCCUCUUUUUGGGGCGUGGGGUGUGCAGUUGCCGCGGGCGGCUCGUGGCUGAAGGCGAGGCGACUCGAGGGAGGGACGGGGGAGAGAGCUAGUGCCCUGCCCGCGGUGGUGGGCGGGUUGGUCUUGGGUAACGCGGUGGGGAUCAUGGUUGGAUUCGGGGCGCGCGGCACCGCGCGACUCUUGUUCGGGCGACCAAGAUCUUGACACAGAUGCCGAAAAUGCUAGGGUUGUCGUUCAGAAAUGUAGCAUCCGUACUUCAACGCGAUGAGUUCCGUGGGCGUUAAACGUCUGAAUCUAAGACUACGAGCCUCUGCCUACACUCGACCGAGUUGUGUAUGGGUGCCAUCGUUGUUAGAGGGGUUUGCAUUACAGCGUACACGUCAAGUUGCCUGGUGCUCGUGGCGGGGCUUACAAGCAUUGCACACGAGGUGCCUCUCUCAGCUUCUUUGAGAGAGCAGAAUUAUUCACUGUCGUCUAGUGCCGCAUCGAGCAGCUCGGCAUCUGCAGCGUUGCUCACACCACCCCCGAAGAGAGAGAGCGUUUCGCCUCUCCCCGCAGCGGCACGACCUAACGCUACUCCAGGCGCUGCUGCCACCGCGGUUGUCGGUGUGUUAAGCUUGUUUGAGUCUUCCGCUUCUGCUACGGCACCUUGCUCGCUGCCAGUAGGUUUGUCGGGACCAUUGGAGCAGAACAGAGCGUUAACUUCCUCGAGGUCGCAAUUUCCGUUCCCCUUCUCGGCUCCCACUCUUUCCUCCCGUUGAUGUGGCUGCUGCUGUGGCAACGGCUGUUCUUGUCCUGCGAUAUUUCCGGAGCCGUUUGAAGCAGCCAAGCCGUGUCGUCCAGGGAAUGCCGUUGACCUGGUACUAACCCCCUCAUCAUCACUGCUGUCGUCGCUGCUAGCGAGGCCGUCAAGGUCGGUCCAAAUGGAGGAAGAGCCGCCUGCUGCCUUGAGCCGGACGUUUUCCUCCUGAUCCUUCUCUUCGCCUCGCCGUGGCUGUGGCCCACCUUCUGCACCUCCGCCACCCUCCGCUCUCUCGUCUUCGGAAAUAGGGACAAAUGUUGACCCACCCGCCACAACCCCAGGAGACGAACCGCCCCCAUGAUCGGGCACGGGUGUUAGACGACGGCGCAAACCAUCCAGUGUGGCGUUGUAAGAACCGGUAGCCGUCGCUGACGUACUGGCACCCCUCGCCUGCUCCACGUCACUGCCGACAUUGCCGCAAUGGUCGGUGUCCGGUGUUCCAACGCACGACGCUUGAUGCGUGCCUGCGCCGGGAGCAGCAGCCCGGGAACUGUCGCCGUCCCUCUGCCUUUCUCGAGGAGGAUCUGGGAAGUCCACAAGACCCCGCAUCUGCCCAUCGUCCGCCGAAAUUCCACCUCUCGAAGGACCACGGACGUAAGGACCACGGUCUUCGCCCGUCGAAUCCUCACCGGCCCGCGCCGCUGCUGCACCGUUGUUGCCAGCCGAAGCUCUGGGAGGUGCUGUGUCGCCCGCUGCUGCUACACCUUCGUCUCCCUGUGCCUGUCCCUCCUCGUUGGAAUCGUCACGGUGUUGCCCGAGGGCGAUCUGGUACUCCCAUGGCGACGGUGAUUGCGACUCAGAGAACAUCCCAGGAGGGCUCGAUCCACCCAGGGGAGGGGACGGGGAGGGCGGCAGCAUCUCUUUACUGCCCUGAGUUAGAACCGAGGACCGACUCCCGACUUCUUGCGGUGCGUUUCUGCUCUUUGGGCUCGGUUGUGGUGGCUUCUGCCGCCCUUGCCGCUCGCCCUUGGCUUUGUCUGCUAGCAGGUGGCGCCGGGUCUGCCGAUGCUCCCCGUGCUGAUCUUCCUCCUGCGUACGCAAACGCUGUGGUGACAGACGGACCGGAUGGCUCAACCGUGGCGUCAUCUGCUGCUGAUCAUAGUCGGGACUUUGUCGGGCGGCCGGUGCUCGUGGUCUUCGUCGGUCGAACCCCUCCCCUCUCUGUCUCGUCGCCGCCGACGUCGGGGUGGUGGGCGGAGGUGGUGUCCUACUCGAAGGGUCGUAUGGAGUGGGUCUGCCGUUGCCAGAAUCGGGCACUGCCUGCGGCGUGAACG